UGUGGGCAAAUGUACAUGCUAAGUACAAGCUUAGCUCAGAUAGCUCAAAGAUACAACUAAGUUCAUCAGUAUGAGGUUGCAAGCUGCAAGUAUGCUGCUGUACUGUUUGCUAGGUGCAGUGCUACUGUCUGGAUGUGUGUCUGGAGCCCCUUCCUUAUUUGCAGCAAAGGAGAGCCCAUGGAGUGACUGCAGAGCUGUCAAUAGUACCCAAGCUUGCUACAGGACUAGAGAUGUAGCCUGUGUGCGAACAAGCGACAACAGGACCGCACCGUGGUACUACUGCAUGGAUGCUGGUCGUGAGAGGCCCUCCUCUGUGGAGCUGUGCAGCCAAGGGUCUUGUGUGCAGGACUGUGCUGUGACCCAGUGGAGCUCAUGGAGUGACUGCAACUGCAAGAAGAGUGGAUUCUACAGAACAAGAAAUAGAACAAUCAUUGUACCACCCAGAAAUAAUGGUGACCCCUGCCCAGGGUUGCUGGAUAGAGAACUUUGCUCAUCUUGCAUCAACAAUGCUCCAUUUGAAUCGAGACCGCGACGCUACACAUGGAAGACUGAUGCAUGGGGAGUCUGCAGUGCAUUGAACAAGAGAUGUGGAUCCGGAAUACAGAACAGAACUAUUGAAUGCAUCGAUUCGGAUGGUAGCAAAACAUCAUUCUCCAACUGUUUGAGUGAAUUGGCGUACGCUAACCUAGUCGCCCCUGCUAGUAGUCGUCUGUGCAAUGUACCGUGUAAUUGUGAGGUCAGUGAUUGGGGCUCGUGGUCACCAUGUCAGUCCCUCUGUGACACCCCCACCCCACACCGUACUGCUAACGUCCGCUCAAGAACUAUUACCCAACAACCUACUACUGGAGGAGCUGACUGUCCAUCGCUAACAGAAUCACGGGUAUGCUCGGAGGAACCAACCAGCACUUGUCCAUCGUAUUACUGGAAUACAUCCGAUUGGUCGACCUGUCAGUAUCAGACUGGCGCAACCUGUGGCCAUGGUUACAGUUCUCGAUAUCUCUACUGUAUCAAGGAGCAUGCUGGAAUUAAGAAACACGUCAACCACACUUUCUGUGAUUUAUCCUCCCGGCCAAUAGAACUUGAACGCUGUGACACCCCCUGUCCCCGUGCCUGUGUUGUGGGGGUGUGGUCAGCAUGGUCGGAAUGUGCUCCUAGCUGCAAACUCAUGUAUAGUAAUCGUACCCGGGAUAUACUAGUACAGCCUCAAGGAGAAGAGGAGACGUGUCCUCAUAGGCUGGAGAUGAGGGAGUGCCCGCAACUACCGUGCUUGCAAUGGAUACCUGAGGAGUUUUCCAUGUGUUUUGUUCUUGCAAACAAGGAUUGUGGAGCUGGGACUCAGUCUCGCAAUGUCUAUUGUGCUGAUGUCCAUGGCAACAGAAUGGACUCAUUUCUUUGCUCAAGACCUGGACUCUCCUCUCCUCCACUAAGUCAAAACUGUUACAUUCCGUGUCCCACUGAUUGUGUGCUAUCUGAUUGGUCGCCUUGGAGCCCUUGUUCUCACGUCUGUGGACAAGAUACGGGUACACAGAACAGAACUCGUCAGCUAAUUGCCCUGGGCAUUAACUGUACCUACACUGAUGAUGAUUAUAUGGAAACCCGUACAUGUACCUCCAGUACAGCCUGCGAGAUAGCUGACUACCAUAUCGAGGUGGGGGCCUGGGGCGUGUGUGAGGACUCUCCCCUUGCCUCAGGGGACCUACCAAACUCUGUACAAUCCAACGAACCUGGUUUAUGUGAUGUUGGCGUUCGUAGCCGCACAAGGCAUUGUGUCCACAAUGGAAAUGUUAUUCCAGCGGAAAAUUGCCCUAUCCAGUAUAAAUCUAUUGAAAAGGAGCCGUGUGUUUUGUCAUGUGCUGAACAAGCGUGUAUAUUCUCGUCAUGGUCUGAGUACAGUGGUUGCUUUGCCCCUUCUUGUGGUGUGGGGGAGAUGACAAGAUCAAGACGACUAUUACACUACCCUGCCAACCCAGAAAGGGAAUGCCAAGUGGAUAGGUCAGGAUUACAACUAGAGACUUUGGCAUGUAUUGUUGAUUGCUCCUCAUCCAUAGCUCUGUACGAUUGGACUAGCAAUGAUUGGAGCGACUGUAUACUGUUCCCUAGCAACAUGCCCACCUCCUGUGGACUGGGUUUUGAAACAACCACAUACACUUGCACUGAUGAAAUAACUUCAGGGCCAGUGGACGACAGCCUCUGUGCCAAUAUCCCCCCACCCCCCACUACCCGCCCCUGUGCUAUACCAUGCCCUGACCGCUGUCUACUAACACACUGGUCUCAGUACUCUAUUUGUAAGGAUGGCCGGAAAAAUCGAACUCGAGAGAUAAUCCCCGUUACUGGGUCGGACGACUGGAUAACAUCAUGCCCGGAAUUAUCUAAUCUGAGGAUGGAACAAAUUGUUGAUUGCACUGUGAUAAACUUGAAUCGCUAUGACUACACAGUUCUUGGAUCAUAUUCACUGACAAUUAUUGACGACCCAUAUGCGGUGUGUGGCAAUGGACAUGAUUAUCGAACUGUAGCUUGCAUCGAUAUGUUCUCAUUCAAAGUGCACGAUGAGGAAUUUUGUGAACAUAGAGAACUCGGUGAUGACAAAGUUUCAAUACGACCCUCUUCUAUUAAAUGUGACACUGACUGCGUCCAAUCAGAAUGGAGCGAUUGGAGCCCCUGUUCGUCAACAUGUAGCUAUGGUUACCGUACAAGGAACCGAACCAUUGAGACACGCCCACUUCCCGGAGGUAGACCAUGCGGCACUCAUCAGGAAAUAGAUGUAUGCUAUACUGUGCCCUGCCGAUAUGGCCAGUACGUCCCUGGAGAUUAUACAACCUGCCGAGUCAGCAACACCACCUCCCUGUGUGGACCAGGGCUGAGAACUAGAGAAGCAUUAUGUUUAGUCAAUGGUGUGAGACAAGAUACAAGUAUCGAGUGUGAGGGGGUGGCUGUGAACUUUGAACUUUCCGAGCCGUGUGAGAUGCCUUGUCCUGGUGACUGUGUUGUGAGUGAAUGGAGUGAGUGGGGAGUGUGCCCCACGGACUGUCCCCAGGGGGCGUGUCAACAUGGACGCACACGUCAUAUACUACGAGAGGGGAUCGAUAAUAUGGACAAUUGUUUGAUGACUCAAGAAUUCCGCCAUUGUGACACUGAAGUGUACCCCUACGUGUGGUCAGUGGGUGUGUGGGGGGACUGUACGCUAGGCCCUAUGGACGUGGACCUGAACCCUGGUACUUACUGCGGUGAUGGAGUGCAGAGAGGAAUGGUGGUGUGUGCUAACUCUCUGACUGGUGUAGCUGUGUUUGAUGGAAUGUGUGAGGGACCAAAACCAAUGGAUGCACGAUCUUGCACUAUCCCCUGUCCCGUUGACUGCAUUGUGGAGCCGUUUUCUGAUUGGUCGUCUUGUCCGGAACAUUGUGAACUAACACCAGUCAAGCAGAACAGGAGACGAGGUAUCACAGUACACCCGAUGUUUGGAGGACGUUCGUGCCCUGAUCUGAACCAAACUAGAAGUUGUCCACCGGUUAAUUGUACGGAAUAUGUGCUUGAAAGUCGUGAAUCUGAUUAUACCUGCGACCUAGAUCUUACAUCACAAGCUCAGUGUGGGAGAGCAGUCGUAUCGAAGCCGCUAAGUUGUCGUAGAAAUACACAAUAUUUGGAUCUGUCUGUGUGCCUGGAGGCUAUAGAGCAAGGCUUGACAGUGCAAGGCUCUCAACUAUUGACUGUGGAUGACUGCACUGAGGAGUGCCCAAUUGUGGAUAUGUGUACUUACACAGACUGGACAGAUUUUAGCAACUGUACCUCGCUGUGUGUUGAUGGGAACGUUUGGUUCCAGUUUCGUAGCAGAUCUCUUAUCAGUAGUCACGGUGGAUCAGAGCAAGCGUGUGAGAGCAUGCAAUACGAUGUCACCGAGUGUCCGAUGUUGGAACCUGUACCGAGGAAUUCUACUGAAUUAAUUCCAUUCAACUUGUCUGAAAAUUGCAUCAGUCUCCAAUGGCUGACCUCUGAGUUCAAUUCGACUGGUGUCCGGAGUGUGGAGUGUAUAACAGAGGAGGGUCAGUCAGUGGCAAGUGGUUGCCCCUUGGAGACAAAACCCUCGUCUAUACUACUAUCCUGUAACCAAGUGAUGUGUCCUGUCUACUCCGACUGUGUGGGGGGUGGUGCAUGUGAGUGUGCACCUGAGCUGGAGACUGUGGGGGGUCUGUGUCUACCCCUGAGGGGCUGUAAGGAUGAUGAUCAUUGCCUCUACCCCUCCACUGUGUGUGUAGAGGGACAGUGCAUCUGUAGGAACAACUUUGUCAGAAUGGAUGAACGUUGUGUGUACAUUGGUCCGCCCACCACUACCAUGGCAACGUACGAUGAAACGACAGGUACCAUGACAACUGGUGACGUGGUGAACAGUCUGCCCACCACACAGGAUCACACCACUCACGCCUCCACCAACUCCACACCACCCCCACCGCCCACUGAAACUCCUGACACACUUGGAAUCCUACCUAUUGUCCUCAUUGCCACCAUUCCUCUGGUCAUCAUCAUCGUGGUGGUCAUCAUCCUCAUUGGCAUCAUGUACAAAUGCCACAAACGACUUGAGGGCAGUCACAAGAUCAACUCUCUGAAACGGCGUAGGGAGAUAGAGAUCUCUGCUCCGAGUCCUGUACACUCGCUCGAUCGUUAUCACAGAGGCGUUGACUCAGCAAGUAGUGGCUUUGUGGACGAUAUGGAACAUGACCAUUACAAAUACGGAAUGGCCGGGAAAAAUUUCCUGACCUCACGAAGGAUCCCCUCCAGUCGUGAGGACAUUGACGAGGCAGCCUUCAAAGCUGAGUUCCCUGCUCAAGCCCCACCCUCCCCCCAUCCUAUACCAGUUGCUGUACCAAUGCUACCUGGUUACCAGCUACAACACAUUGGCCUCGACUACUCACCUAGAGAUGCCCCGACUGAAAUCCCUGAUGGUGACUUCACCACAGAUAUAUACACGACUGAUGAUGGCAGCCUAGUGACCACCAGCGUACCUCCCUCUAGUGUAGGUAGCCCCAACUUGGCACGCAGACACGCUCAUCAACAACAGUUCAAUAGCCAUUCUCAAGAAACGUACAUACCUAUGCAGCCGAUAUACAGUCAAGUCACACCACGUAGCCAACGACAGUUACAAGAAUCACAUGAAUGGGAGGGAGAGGACAGGCCUCAUCACCAACACGGCUAUUUCGAGAGGAAUGGUUCUCCAAAUCGCAGCGUUCAUUCGUAUGGACAUCGAUCACUACCGCCUGAUCACGGUAGCCGAGUGCGUGACCAUGGCAACAGAGACAGGCUACAGAGCAACUCCUCGUAUGAUUAUAGAGAGUACAGAGGCGGACCACCACAGGAGCAUAGAGAGGGGUCACAAGACACGAAGGGACGAUCACAAGACACGAGGGGACGAUCACACAGUGCAGGGAAAGACUUUAAAGCCUACGAGCACGAGAGGGAGCGCUACUAUAGUACCAGCGGGCGACAAGAUUAUCGAUCUCCAAGUCCAAAUAGUCGCCCCACACGUCAGAACCACACCCCUCGUGGUAUAGCUACUGGAUUGGAUAAUUCUCUCGUACAAGCUAUCUCUCAGAUGAGUGGGCGUGAAGGUACCGUCACACCCUCACACAGUGUGCAAAGUGGAGGCAGCCGAGGUAGCCAUAGGAGACGAAGACGUCGUUACCAGGGGCAACCACAUCACAUGACCUCCAACUCCCGCUAUCGCUAUGGCAGCGACGGUCCAAGCGAUCAAGAUCUAACAAGCGCAAGUGAAGCAGAACAAAGCUACGAGAGACGAUAUCCAACUCGCAGCCUCCCUCUUUCCCCUGCCCCCCUCACUGACCCCGAUGAACCUGAUUAUGACACUCUACCCCCUCCUCAUAUUAAAGUGAGCCCUGCUACGCCCACUAACAGAUCCACGCCCACUAAUAGGGCCACACCCACUAACGUGAUCAGAUCCCCUGACCACACACCCCAGAACAGAGUGGCUCUGCUCAGAUCACAACGAACACAACAAGGACAUUACGAUUAUCCUCGUUGUUUCCAGCAGUCACCGGAUAGAGCGGUUGCUACCUCCACACCCUCACAGCCGCCCAUUCAUGUGCCUCCGCCCACGUCACCCCUCUCACAGACGACACAAUCACCAGCGAGCAAGACUAUACGAUACGAACACCUCGUCCCACUCAAGUUAUCCCCUCCAGCUGCUGUUGAAGGUAGUCCCUCAUCAGGAAGACACUACCCACCUAGCCCCCUCGCCCUACACUCAGAGGGUGUGGUCACACCUCGCUCUAGCGGAGAGGUCACAACCUUUCACCUGCCACAAGAGCACACGAAUGGACAAUAGACAAUAAUACACGUUUUGCUUUGUUUUUUCUGCACAAAGUAUUAUUAUUACUUAUAAUGUGUUUUUCACUCACCCCCGUAUAUGUAUGUAUGUACGUGUAAUUAUCAUUGUCAUUGUCACUCAAAAUUUAAUUUAAUUAUUGUAUUAAAAUACUUUGUUUUGCACACGUGAUUUAAACUUUAAGUGUGUUGCUAAUUCCAAUGAAAAAAUGAAUUGAAAAGUGA